AUGUCCGAAUCUGACCAGGAGCAAAGUUCACCUGAGCCACUUUCACCAAGAACCGCUGCUGUACGAGCUGGUUUGAGGAGGAAUUAUAGUUCUUCAAGCGUUGAAUCUAAAAGUUACGAAUCUGAAGGUUCAAGCAACAUGGCAGAGAUUCCGAACAACAACAAUGAUGAAGGAGGUGGUGCGCUUGUUGUCCAACCAAGAAAACCCCUGCGUGAGUUUUCCAUUCCCAAAGUCACCGAUCAACCUUCAUGCAUUGUCUAUCCUCAACUCACAGUUGACAGGUUUGAGCUUAAAAGUGGUAUGAUUCAUCUUCUUCCAACUUAUUAUGGUAAUACCACUGAGGAUCCUUAUAUGCAUAUUAAGCAAUUCUUUGAAAUAUGUGCUACGAUCAAAAUUCAAAACCUUGAUGAUGAGCAGAUUAAGAUGAGGCUAUUCCCAUUCAGUUUAAAAGAUAAAGCUAAGUCUUGGUUAUACUCUUUGCCUAAUGCUUCAAUUCAUACUUGGGAAGAGCUUUCUAAUAAGUUUUUGCAGAAAUUCUUUCCGGCUCAAAAGACUAACAAGAUUAGAAAGGAAAUUCUUGGUUUCACACAAAAGGAAGGAGAAGCUUUUCAUGAAUGUUGGGAGAGGUACAAGGAGAUGAUAAGUUCUUGCCCACACCACAACAUAGAGAGUUGGAUGCAAAUGCAAUCUUUCUAUGAAGGUUUGCUAGAUUCCGAAAGGAUGAUGGUAGAUGCAACAAGUGGAGAAGGACUGAUGAACAAAACAGCAGAUGAGGCUUUUACUCUCUUUGAAUCCUUGAGUGCUAACUCUCAACAAUGGAGCCACAAUAAAGGAAGAGGAGCUCCUAUGAAAGCUGUGGUCUCUGAGGUAAGUACAAAUAAUGAGAUUGCUGCAAAACUUGAUGUUAUGUGUUCUUUGCUUCAACAGGCAGUGACUGGCCCUCUAGGAAACAAAGUGGAAGUUCAAGACCAAUCUUUUGCAGAGCACAUGCUAGAACAAGCAAAUGCCCUUCAAGCAAGGAAUCCUCAAAAUGAUCCUUAUUCAAACACAUACAAUCCGGGAUGGAGAAAUCAUCCUAAUUUCAGGUGGAACAACAAUCCAAAUGUGCAACAAUCUCAAGGACCUCCCCCAGGAUUCCAAACACAACAAAGGCAAUUCCAGCAAGCUCCCCAACAAGUGCAAGAGCAAAGGGGUGAUCAAAUGGGAGAAUUGCAAGACAUGUUCAAGAAGUUCAUGGGGCAACAAAUGCAAACCAAUCAGAACCUUCAAAAUGCAGUGAACAAACUAGAAGUGCAAGUUGGGCAGAUUGCAUCCUCCAUGAGCAAUAGAGCAUCCGGAACUUUCCCAAGCCAAACAGAGGUGAAUCCAAGGCAUCAAGAGCAUGCUAAAGCAAUACACAUCUUGAGAAGUGGUAAACAAGUUGAUAAUAAGGUUGGAGAUGCCAAUGAAGAGCAAGAAGAUGGAGAAAACGUGGAGAUCAUUCAGCCACCACAUGGGCAGCCCACAGCUUCCAACAAACAGUCCAUCAAUGCUCCUAGAAAGAGCACAGGCCCUAAGGUAUCAUCUAAUGCUAAUCAAGUUCCAAUUUCAACUAAUGCUUUUAGGCCUAUUGCACCCUUUCCCAGCAGGUUAUCAAAGUCAAAGAAAGAUCAAGGCUUGGAUGAGAUAAUGGAAACAUUCAAGAAGGUGCAAAUCAACAUCCCAUUGCUCAAUGCCAUUACUCAGAUUCCAAAGUAUGCAAAAUUUUUGAAGGAUCUAUGCACUAACAAGAGGAGAUUCAAAGAGCAUGAACAAGUUGCAUUGAGUGAAGAGGUAAACAAUGCAAUGCCUAAGAGGGAUGCCCAAAGACGUCUCAAUCCGAACAUGAAGGAGGUGGUAAGAAAAGAGGUAAUUAAGCUUUUAAAUGUUGGUAUUAUUUACCCUAUUUCUGACAGUAAAUGGGUGAGCCCAGUGCAAGUUGUCCCCAAGAAGUCAGGUAUCACAGUGGUGAAGAAUGAAGCAAACGAACUUGUACCUACACGGAUGACCACGGGCUGGAGAGUUUGCAUUGAUUAUAGGAAGCUCAACACAGCGACAAGCAAAGAUCACUUUCCUCUUCCAUUCAUUGAUCAAAUGCUUGAGAGAUUAGCUGGCCAUAGCCACUAUUGCUUCCUUGAUGGAUAUUCAGGCUACAACCAAAUCGCCAUAGCCCCAGAGGAUCAAGAGAAGACGACCUUCACAUGUCCCUUUGGCACUUUCGCUUAUAGGAGGAUGCCUUUUGGUCUCUGUAAUGCCCCAGCCACUUUUCAAAGGUGCAUGAUGAGCAUUUUCUCCGACAUGGUAGAAAGGUUCAUUGAGGUAUUCAUGGAUGACUUCUCUGUCUUUGGUGAUUCUUUUGAUCAAUGCUUGCAUAACUUAUCCAAGGUGUUGGCUAGAUGUGAACAUACUAACCUUGUGCUUAAUUGGGAAAAAUGUCAUUUUAUGGUUAACCAAGGCAUAGUUCUUGGUCAUGUCAUCUCUAGUAAAGGAAUUGAGGUAGAUAAAGCUAAGAUUGAUUUGAUUGCCUCUAUGCCCUCACCUACUUCUGUCAAAGAAGUACGUUCUUUCCUUGGCCAUGCAGGUUUCUAUAGGCGUUUCAUUCAGGAUUUUUCUAAGAUUGCAAGGCCUAUGUGCAAUCUCCUUGCCAAGGACAUGGAUUUUGUAUUUGAUCAAGACUGUGAGAAUGCUUUCAAUGCUUUGAAGAAGAUGCUCACAACUGCCCCAAUCAUUAUACCACCGGAUUGGAGCUUGCCUUUUGAAUUGAUGUGUGACGCCUCAGAUUAUGCUGUUGGAGCUGUUUUGGGACAGCGAGUUGAUAAGAAGCCACAUGCCAUCUACUAUGCUAGUAGAACCCUCAACGAUGCCCAACUCAACUAUUCCACCACAGAGAAGGAGUUGUUAGCUGUCAUAUUUGCUUUAGAGAAGUUCAGAUCAUAUUUGAUUACUAACAAGGUUAUUGUUUACACUGAUCAUGCAGCAUUGAAAUACUUGUUAGCUAAGAAGGAUGCCAAACCACGACUCAUUAGAUGGAUUCUCUUGUUGCAAGAGUUUGACUUGGAGAUAAAAGAUAAGAAAGGAAGUGAGAAUGUCGUGGCUGAUCACUUGAGUAGAUUGGUGCAUGUAUCUAACGAAGAGGAGGAUUCAUUGCCAUUGCGUGAAAGCUUCCCUGAUGAGCAACUCUUCUCCAUUUAUGCUUUGAAUUCUCUCAAUCCAUUGCCUUGGUUUGCUGAUAUUGUUAACUAUUUGUGCACUAACGAACUCCCUACAGGGUUAUCUACUUUCCAACGUGACAAGCUUAGGAAGCAAGCAAGAUACUACUUUUGGGAUGAUCCCUAUCUAUUCAAGCAUUGUCCAGACCAAGUAAUUCGAAGGUGUGUGGCAACACCCUAUCAUCCUCAAACUAGUGGGCAGGUUGAGAUAAGCAAUAGGGAGAUUAAGCACAUACUUGAAAAGACAGUGAACACCACAAGGAAGGAUUGGUCCAUGCGUUUGGAUGAUGCAUUGUGGGCUUAUAGGACUGCUUAUAAGACCCCUAUAGGUAUGUCUCCGUAUAGACUUGUUUUCGGUAAACCUUGUCACUUACCAGUGGAGCUUGAGCACAGGGCUUAUUGGGCAAUCAAAGCCUUCAAUUUUGAUAUGAAAGCCGCUGGUGAGAAGAGGAGGCUUCAACUCAAUGAGCUGGAGGAAUUGCGACAUGAAGCGUAUGAGAACGCGAAGCUUUACAAGGAGAAAACAAAGCAAUAUCACGACAAGAAAAUUCUUAGGAAGACGUUUGAGAAAGGGCAGAAGGUUCUCUUAUUCAAUUCACGCCUUAAGCUCUUCCCAGGUAAGCUUCGUUCUCGGUGGAUUGGCCCUUUUGUUAUUACUAAUGUGUUUAAUCAUGGCGCAGUGGAGAUUCAAAACAUUAAGGAUGGCAGCACCUUCAAGGUGAAUGGACAUCGGUUGAAACCUUACUUUGAUGCCAACUUUGAUGCCAAUAUUGAGUCUCAAGCACUCAAGGAGCCUCCACCACUCUCUUAA